AUGGCUUUAAAUAGAACAUUCUCGCGCCACGACGUAGGCACAGUGGAAAUCCCCGUCACAAGCAUAUUUGCUAGGUUUGUAGCGGAUGCAUCCCCGGCGUUUCUGUCUGACAAGAUUCGGGAGAGGCUCAAAGAGUACAUUGUUGACUUCAUCGCAGUCACUUUAGCCGCAGGCCACAGCUCUGAUUCAACCGUGUCUAUCUACAACGCAGUCAAGGCUCUCGGUGGGCAGACAGGGUCAUCAACUGUUCUGGGGAGAGGGAGAUCCUUUACACCCCAAUACGCAGGUUUGCUCAAUGCUGCGCUGGGCCAUUCGUUGGACUUCGACGAUACUUACGCUAAGGGCACUUUGCAUCCUGGGGUGACUGCAAUCGCAGCAGGCUUGACCCAGGCAGAACUUCUUGAAAAUAAGGUCGACAUUGACCAUUUCCUCAUCGCUGUUGCUGUUGGGUAUGAGAUCACAUGUCGACUGGGGAAAGAACUGGGAAACGAAGCGUACGCGCGAGGUUUUCAUAACACUUCCACGGCAGGGAUAUUCGGAUCAGUAGCAACAAUCGCAGUCUUGAAGAAUCUCUCAGUCGACACCAUAGAGAACGCUUUCGGACUUGCUGGCUCCAAAGCGGCAGGAUCGAUGCAGUAUCUAGAAAAUGGCAGUUGGAACAAGAGGCUGCAUCCUGGAUUUGCAGUGCACGACGCAUUUCUUUGCACGGCACUGGCAGAAGCAGGGGUGAUUGGUGCCGCUAAGAUCUUCGAAGGUACAUUUGGCUUUCUGCAGGGUUACAGCCCAAAAGCGGACAAGGACCUUGUCUACCUGACGAGUGACCUGGGCCAGAGAUGGGAGUUCCUCGAAACCUCAUUGAAGCCGUUCCCGGCAUGCCGCAUGACACACGGAUUCAUUGAGCAUGCAGCGAAGUUUGGAUACGACAAGGGUCAAGUGACAGCUGAUGAAGUCAAGGCCAUUACCCUGUCGUUGAGUCCUAACAACGUCAGCGUUGUUGGUGCUGCCACCAAAAAUAAGAUCCACCCAGAGAACAUGGUCGAUGCUCAAUUUUCAGCAUAUUUCACCACAGCCAACAGUUUCCUGUAUGGCUCAGAUAACGGCGUACGUUGCUAUGAGCAGGACAGACUCCUAAACACAGACAUUCGAAAACUGUGCGACCGCAUUACCUGUAUCGCCGAUGAAUCUCUCAGACAAUUUGGUUCAAAGCUGAGAAUUGAUUACGAGAACGGUACCUUUGAUGAGGUCGAGGUCCCCUAUCCUCUCGGGGAAUCACAGCACCCCUUUACUAGAGACCAGGUGGAUGCAAAGUUCUUUAGCCUGGUGCAACCAGUCCUAGGCAGGCAAAGAGCGCAAGCUAUUCUGGACACUGUGAACAAUAUUGAAAAGCAUAGCAUCGCGGAGUUGCUCAAGUUGUUGUACUGA